GAGCAUUCAGAGAGUAUCACAUCCAACAACAUCUCAGUUCCAUGAGGAACAAGGUUCAACUUCACCACCAUGGAUUACCCUUUCAACUUCACCGAAGACGAUUACUCAACCGACUAUGAUGAUGAAGUCUGUGAAAAAGCUGAAGUGGUCAAAUUUGGAUCCAUCAUCGUUCCAGUUUUCUUCACUAUUGUCAUCACUCUGAGUCUGACAGGAAACAUCCUCGUCCUUGUGAUCCUGGCUUUGUAUGAAAACCUUAAAUCUCUGACCAACAUCUUCAUUGUCAACCUGGCAAUCUCUGACCUUGUCUUCACUGCUGGUCUCCCCUUCUGGGCCAUCUACCAUGUUUGGGGUUGGGUGUUUUCAGAGAUGGUCUGCAAGAUUGUGACUUUUAUCUUUUUUACGGGGUUCUACAGCAGUGUCCUCUUCCUGACAAUCAUGACCAUCUACAGGUAUUUGGUUGUGGUCCACCCUCUCUCUGACAUGAGUUCUCUGAAACCGUGGACUGGAUUUUUCUUGUCUGUUCUCACAUGGAUAAUCAGUAUUGGAGCAGCCAUGCCAUCCUUGCUACAAACCUCCCUUGUCUCAGUCCACCACAAGGAUACACACUCCUUGGGAUGUGAACUCAACAUGCCCGGGCAAGUCAUUGGUAUUUGCCAGCAGAAUGUUUUCUUCUUGAUUGCAUUUAGCAUUAUGGCUUUCUGCUACAUUCAGAUCUUAAGAAGGAUCACUGGAACAAGGUCCCGCACAAAGAACAGAGCAGUGAAGUUAGUUUUCUGCAUUGUGGCCGUCUUUUUUGUAGGCUGGGUGCCCUACAAUGUUGUAAUCUUUUUGAAAUUUUUAGUUCUUAAAGUUCAAUCCUUUGAUGACUGUGCAGCGAGCAUCAGGCUUGACUAUGCCUUCUACGUGUGUCGGCUCAUUGCUUUCUCUCACUGCUGCUUGAACCCUGUCUUCUAUGCAUUUGUUGGAGUGAAGUUCAGGAACCAUUUGAAGUCACUGUUGCAUCGAAUGUUCAGGCAUCCGAUUCCAGUGGACACUGAAGUAGUCAGAAUGCAGAAUCUCAUGUCACGUGGAUCAUUGUACUAGAUUCAAAGGUACUAGAUUUCAUUGUCGAGUUCUUCCAUGUAUAUCAUUUGAACAUGGUUAUUUUAGGUGGUUCUGCAACAAUUAGAAUUGUUUCAUACAGGACAUUUUUAAACAAGGUGCUUGACUUUAAAGUCUGAUGUUUUAAAUGAAUAAUUAUGUGUACAUGUGUUGGAGUUAAGACUAUACAAGACUAAGACUUUGUUUUAUUUGAUAUACUGCAGGUCUUGAGUAGAUCUGAAUGGAUGCUUUAAAUUUAUCAAAAUCUUUACAUUAAACAUAUUUAAUUUCAAUGGAAAGAAAACAGGAACUAGUUACAAAUGCUCCUAUAUGUGUGCACAGCAUAACCCAACAAAGUCAUCAAUAUCUCAUCAUGCUUUGCAGUUUUGUAAAACACUGAGCUGUCCCAGGCUUUCUGAUUCUGUAUGAAAAUGUCAGAUCUAAAAGGUUAAAUAAAAGGUAAAGGAUAAUUCUGCACCACUGUGAUAUUUCCAAACUGUG